AUGGAAGUGAUUUCGUCCCCCAGGGAUUGGACAUCAUAUCGGUUUCUUUCUUUCUUUCUUUCUUUCUUUCUUUCUUUCUUCAGUUUUGUAUUUCAUUCUUUCUGUAAGGUCUGUCCAUUUAUUUUCUUUCUUUCUUUCCUUCUAUUUCCUUCCAUUUUGUCUUACAUUUUUUCUGUUAUUUCUGUCAAUCUUUCUUUUUUCUGUAACUUUCAGUCAGUUCUUUCUUUCUUUCUUUCUUUAUUUCUUUCUUUCUUUCUUUCUUCAGUUUUGUAUUUCAUUCUUUCUUUAACGUCUGUCCAUUUAUUUAUGUUUCUUUCUUUCCUUCUAUUGCCUUCCAUUUUUCAGUUCUUUCUUUCUUUCUUUCUUUCUUUCUUUCUUUCUUUCUGUCUGUCUGUCUGUAACUUUCGGCCAAUCCUUUCUUUCUUUGGCUUUCGUUCAUUUUUUCUUUCCCCCUUUCUGUCAAUUCUACCAUUUAAUUCUUUCUUCUCUUUCAGUAAAUUCCGUAUAUUUCUUUCUUUUCUUUUUUUCUUUUCCCUGCAAGUGGAAUAUGAUCGCCGAGCAGCGGUAGCAGCUUCUUUUCGUGUUAGGAAGAAGCCUGCAGAAGUGAUGGCCUGGUUUGGAUCCAAGAGGACCAGGGUCAUGGAUGUUUGGAUGAAGUGGAAGGCGUUUGAGAACAAGGACGAGUUUACUACCAAACGAAAGGCCUCUAGCGUUCGUUUUUCGGCCGUUAGGACCGACGAGUUCGUCGCCGCCGUCAAGGAGACAGUCGACAAUGAUGGAAGCCAGAGUUACGUCAAGAUCGCCGCUAACAUGGGCAGCCGAACGAUCAAGAAGGACAUUGGUUACUCCUCCUACCGCAUGUUCAUCACGAAUGCCUCCAAGGAGUCGAGGAAGGUCAAGGUGGCGGCUUUGCUGAACGAAUUCAAGCACGGGUCCGCUGGGAUACUGAGGUUCUUCUAUGAUGAAAAGAAUUUCAUUCAGGACCAGACGAGCAACAGGCAGAACGACAGGUGGAUCUGCAAAGACAUCGAAGAGUUCUUUUCAUUCUUUUCCGUUUCUCUCCCGAUUCUACUCAGACUACACAUCUAA